GUUGACACACCCAUAUCGAGUCUUUAAAGCACUUACUUAAAGCUAGAGUCGGAUAGGUCGGCUGGCCGGCGCGCACGCAUUCCAUGCAGUCCUCUGCAAGAAGCCCGGCGAGUCCCCCUAACUGCAAGCAUGAAAAGCGGGGAGCGUGUAACCUCCAAGGGUUAAGGCGGAGGGCUGCAUGGGCGGUGGCGGGGUGCGGCACGAGCGGCGCAGGUUGGCCCGCUCUCGCCCACGCUUCCCGGGCAGCGGCACGGCCUAGCUGCCGGCAAGCCCCCAGCUGUCGCCCAGCAGGCCGAGCACCUGCACCGCGGGGCAUGGCGUGUCGAGGGACGGAGUAUGACAACCCUGCCCUGUACUCGAGUGAAGACGCGUUCUCGCUGUCCUCCUAUUGGAACGAUCGCUACAAGCGCGAGGGCGGCGCGGCCUUCGAGUGGUACCGCGACUACAAUAGCCUGGAGCCGGUGCUGGACAGGCACCUGGACAAGUCCCAGCCGGUGCUGCAUGUGGGUGUGGGCACGUCGCGGGUACAAUACCAGAUGCACCUGGACGGCUUCAAGUCCAUCCACAGUGUGGACUACGCGCCGGUGUGCAUCCAGCAGCUGAGCGAGCUGCACGCUGGUGUGCCCGCGCUCACAUACGCGGUGGCAGACUGCCGCAGUAUGCCCGAGUACGGCGACGGCUCCUUCCCGGGCGGUGUGCUGGACAAGGGCACUCUGGACGCGCUGCUGUGCGGCGACAGCGACGAGGAGGAGUCGCUGCAGAUGCUGUUGGAGUGCUACCGGGUCCUGGGCCCCGGCGCCGCCUACCUGCAGAUCACCUACGCGCCGCCGCGCACCCGGCUGCGCUACCUGCAGCGGCCGGGGCUGGACUGGGCGGUGUCGUUCUGGGAGGUGGGGCAGCAGGGCCGGCGCGAGGGGCCCCUGGCCGUGGCGGACCUGAGCGCGGAGGAGCUGGGCGCGUUCCCAAAGCAGGCCUACAGCCACUUUGUGUACGUGUGCGUCAAGCCGGCGGCGGUGUGAGCUGUUGCCCCGCGGGGCCUGUGUGCUUGCCGCGGGGUGCAUGGGACUGGGGUGAGGGUGGCAGUGUGGCACCUGGGGUCCCACUGCUGCGGCUGUCUAGAUAUGGCUCAAGCCGGUGCAAGUGUUGUAUCAGCAGAGUGAUCACAAUUUGUAACACGACACGCAUGAGACGCGCAUGUGUUAGGUGGGCUGCACCUGGUACAAUGCGGGGACACGGAGCCCGCAAUUGGCCGCUCGUGACAUUGUGCGUCAAGCAUCCUGCCA